ACUUCGCUAAACAUACACCGCUGGCUCAGGGACAGCAAAGAUGGUGGUUCUCCGAGCUCAAGUUAUUCUUGCUGGUGAUCCUUGUGUGGGGAAGAGUGCACUAACACAAGCAUUUCACAGUGAUGGAACACAUUUUCCUAAAAAUUAUACCAUGACAGCUGGAGUAGAAGUCUGUGUAAAGUCUGUCAAUAUCCCAGAGACUUCUGACAGUGUGGAACUUUACAUUUAUGACUCAGCAGGAAAGGAAAUGUUUGCUGACAUAGUUCAACAGCAUUGGACACAGCCAAACAUGUUUCUUGUGGCUUAUGAUGUGACCAAUGAACAGUCGUUCAAUGCCUGUAACAAGUGGUAUGAGAGGUGCCGAGCACAAAAACCAAAUCAAAGUUUACCCGGAGCUCUGGUGGCCAUUAAAACUGACCUCAAGCAGAGAAGAGUGAUAUCUACAAAACAAGGGCGUGAGCUUGCUAGCUCCAAGGGCCUGGAAUACUUUGAGUGCUCUGCAAAAGAUCACGAGAACGUGGAGGCACCAUUUUACUACUUGGCAAAAGAAUUCCACAAUCUUUACAAUGAGAAAGUUGAACAGAUGAAGACAUUGACAUAGCAGUGUUAUUUUUGUUUUGGUUCAAGUCAACUGUUUCCAAUCUUAUCUGGAGAGAUGGCGUUUGAAGUACUUUAAUUUAUUUGGAGCCCAGCUCUAUCAUGUAGAACUCAAACUGAUAUUUUCGCUUUUGCCUUCCUUUGUUUCUGGUUGUAAGUACAGUCAUGUAAUCAAUCUCAAAGCUUUCAUAAUCUCGUUAGUGUUUUGAUGACUUAAGAUAGACUCUUAAACCUUUGUGUAAAAUUCUGAUUAAUGACAGUUCAAAGCUCUAAGUACUUAAACGUUAGAACCACUUUGUACAGCAAAAUUAAUAGUACCACAUGAAGGUGCUGCUCAAUAGCUUUCAUUUGAAUGGUCACACAUUAGGGUUUCAUCCACAGACUUAAAAGUUAGAACCAGCUUGUAAAGCAUAAUAAACAGUACCACAUGAAAGUACCUUGCAAUUAGUUAUUUGAAUGUUCACACUAAGGUUUAUCUACAGCCCUAAAAAGUUAGAAACACCCUGUACAGCAUAAUAAACAGUACCACAUGAAAAUUCUGCUCAAUAGCUUUCAUUAUAUUUAAAUGGUCACACUCAGGGUUUCAUCCACAGAUUUUAAAGUUAGAGCUACCUUGUACAGCAAAAUCUACAAUACCACAUGAGAAAAAAAAGUAUCGUUCAUUUAAAUGGUCACACACCAGGAUUCCAGUCAUAGACUCAAACGCUAUAGAGAAUCUCCUUUUACAGAAUACAAAAUAGUGCCUCGUGAUAGUCCUACGACUCAAUUUGAAUUGUCACACAGCAGGGUAUAAACAAGAUAUAUAAGUAUGGGUAAUCAAAUGGUGACGAGUGAAAUUAGGAAAUAAUUUCACCUACGUUUUGUCGAAUUUCUAAUAAUUUCAUUAAGAGGGAAACUAUUGUAAUUUUGACAAAAAGUAAGUGAAAUCAUUUCUAAUUUCACGAGUAUAUCAGUUGAUAUAUCAUAGGUGACAAAUUACGCUUACAGUCCCUGACUCGUCUAUGAAGCGAGAAAUUUCGCUCCAAACGUUGCUAUGGCGAUUUUGUAAUUUUACUUGUGAAGUUAUAAAUUAACGCUGAAAUUUCGCACCAAAAUUAAGGAGUAAUUAGUCA